ACGUAAAAUUCGUGUACGUAUACACUCACAGACACCAAACCAAACCACGCAGACGCAAGCAAGAGAGGAGAGAGAGACAAAUCAAAGAGAGAACAUGAACUACCAAAACGUAGAGACCUUCGACAAGUUCCACGAGGCAUGGAGCAAGCAGCUCCAAGGCCUCCUCCGCCAUCUCCGCUCCGCCCAGAAAAACUUCCGCUCCGCCGCCGGAGAAUCAUCGGAAGCCGUGGCGGAGGAGGAGCUCCACGGUGCGGUGAAGAGGGUGAUGGUCCACUGCUCGGACUACUACUCGGCCAGGCGUUCCGUGACGGAGGCCGACGUGGCGAGCAUGGUGGCUUCCCCAUGGUCGUCUCAGCUCGAGCGGGCGCUCCAGUGGGUCGGUGGGUGGCGUCCGACCGCGGCGUUCCACUUGGUGUACACUGAGUCGGACGUCCACUUCGAGUCGAGGAUCGUUGGGGAUCGAAUCGGAGAUCUCAGUGAUCUCUCCCCUCUUCAAUUAAGGAGGGUGAGCGUGCUGCAAUGCAAGACGGUGAAAGAAGAGAACGACAUAACGGAGGAAGCGUCGGAUUGGCAGGACAACGCAUCCUUGCUCGUGCCGGGAACGGUCGACAACCUCGACGACCACAUCCUCGGCCUCUCCGACAUCGUCCAAAUGGCCGACAAUCUCCGCCUCGCUACCAUCACCGGUGUCGUUGCCAUGCUCAACCCGUUCCAGGCCGCCGAGUUCCUCACUGCGGCCGCCAAGCUCCUCACCGGCGUCCAUUGCUGGGGCAUGAUCCGCGACGACCCCGAAAUCUUCCCCGCCUUCUAAAAUUACAUAUGUGUUUGUUCGUUCUUUGUUUACGACAAAUGCAUGCGUAACAGUUGGAACUCUCGAAUAACAUGAAAAACGUGUUUUGGUUGAUCA